AUGCCGGCUUCUUGUUUGGAUCGAUUCCGAAAGUACCUUAGGACAGGAACAUUUGAGGAGGAGAUGCUGCUCUGGAGGCGAUUCCUGGAUAACAAGGUUCUACUGUCCUGUGGCAAAGCCUUUGAGUGCAGUGAGCCGGGGUGGUUCCGUAUCAUUUUUGCUGACAAAACCCACCGACUACAGUUAGGCAUGCAGCGGAUCCGUAGAGUCCUGGAAGAGAGGGAGCGUGAGAUUCUGUCUGAGGACAAGGACCAGCCCUGCCAGUCAGACCAGGACGGCAAAGCAGACAGUACAGAUGAGGUCAUCUUUUGUCCCAUCACCAGGAGCCUGUUUCUACUGGUGGCUCUAACCUCGGUGACCUCAUUGGCCUCCUGCAGCAGCAGAUGCGCUCAUCUGACUGGCUGCAGAAGAACACAGCAGAGCAGUUUGCACAGGAGAAGCCAGAGAUCUAUGACGUGUUCAGCAAACUGGUUGGGAAACAGUAGGGACCUCUGUUCCUCCAUGGGCCUUAUCGAGCAGGGACUGACACCGGAGCCCUAACUGCUUGGUAUUUGACUUCCUGCAAAGAAUGUAUUUUCUGUAUAGUGAGGAAAUCACUUUGUAAAACCUGCUACCCAGGCCUCCUCUUUGGAAUCUCUGCUUUGUAUUGUAUAGCCCAUUUCCCUGUAUUGAGGUAUGGGUAGGGGAUGCAGGGCUUGCUUCUGCCAUUGCCCCUUGCCUCGUAUUUUAUAAUUCCUUUCAAAUGAAUAAGUUCUUGGCUCUUUU